ACGUGGAACAUCAUGGUUGGACAGGAUGGCUUCUUGAACAACAGUUUCUUCACUUUAACAUGAGACGUUGUACUCAUAAUAAUACAACAAGGGCAGCAGCCCUUGUCUCCUCCUCCUCCUAUUUGUUUGGUACAAAGCAAGUCACGACUCGUUACAACAAGAAGAGGCCAAAGCUUGAAGUAGCCAUGGAGCCCCACAAUCAGUCACUCUCGUCCUCUCCUCCUUCUACCAGUCGUACUAGCUCUCCUUCUAUAUUUGCCUCGCCACCAGAGCCACUCUUCAACCAAAGAGACAGCUAUCUCUUACUGGAGGACUCUCUCCUCGCCCUCUCGCGUAUUAACACUGAAAGAGUUUCAGGCCAUUCUUCUUCAGGUGAGGCCCAUCAUGUUGUCCCGUUUGAUAAGUGUCAAGGCGUGUUUCGUACCGGUAGACCGAUCGCCCACUUCAUGCGCAUGUCACAUUAUUUUAACCUCCCGCCUGAUAUAAGGUGUCGAGCCAUUGAGCUGUUUCACUCCUUCAUGUCAAGACAUGUUUGUGAACUGUAUCUUCACGUACAACUCUCUCAAACCUCCAACUCUCCCAUCAGUUGGGAGUCUGUUGAAAGCCGAUUGGCCCACCAGGUCUCUCUUAGGGCUCUCACUUGCCUCCAACUAGCCAGCAAGCUUAGCCUACACUACAAGAUUAUAAACUUGAGUCGAGCUCGGAAUUUUCUUGCAGCCUGUGGCUUUCGCUAUGCACCCUCUUCUCUUAUUCAGUCUGAGAUUAGGAUCCUUAAAACCCUGGACUAUCGCAUUAAUGGGCCUACUCCGCUGGAUUUUAUCGAAGUCCUUCUUGAAGCCUUGGGGCAUUACGACUGUACUCUACCAGUCAAGCAAUUCCAUGGGAUCAGUGUCAAGAUACUUGAUGCUUAUUACCUCUCUAGUUCUCUCCUCCACGACAAGAUAAGGACUAGCGACCCUAAGACCCCGUCGUCAAGUAAAAAAGAAGAGACUCCUCCGCUACUUGAGCUUAAUUACCUGUUACUGGCAUCAGGUAUUGUUGGAGCCUCCGCGUUCAUUCUUGAUCAAUGUAAAACUGACGGUAUUGUUGAGCAGCUUGCUGACAUCACUAGGAUCUUAAAAGACGACAUCAUAAAUAUUGUAGCAUUACUAUUGGAACAUAUAAUGACAGACUAAGGGAAGAAGACACUGGCAUGUACUAUACUAUAAAAAUAAAGCUUUGUAAGUUAUUGUAAUAUAUAUAUUAUGUGCUUCAUAAGCAUGACCCAUACCUCACUUGACCUUGUGCUGUAAUAACUGUGAUACUACAAUCUGUGAAUCAAGUUAUGUGUAUACUUCUUAUUAUGAUUUUUAAUCCUCUCAUUUAUAUAUACCAUACUCACCCCAAUUAACGUACCCUCCUAAUUGUUGCACCUCUCCUCUCCUCUACACAGCUUCCACAAUAAAAACUUUCUAUUGAGUGCACCUCCUGGUCAAGAUAAUUAUUUUUGAGAGCGUCAUUGUAAUUAGAAAGUCCCAUUGUUUACAGGUGUAUUGGGUACUUUGUUAUC